GUUUUCGUCCGUAGUUGCAAUUUUUUGAUAUCCCGAACGUUCAUCGUCUCCCAAGCUCUUCGGCCACGUUUAAAUUCAGCUGCCUAAAAUUUCACUGUGGUAAAAUGAUUGUGCAACUCAUCUUUAAUUUGUCCAUUUCCAAAAAACAUUCACAUCAACCCACUCAGACGACUGUUACAUAACAACUGCACGAUUAAAAUGGCUGAAGCUUUGUGCUAUGAAAAUUCUCCUGGCUAAGCUGCCGAGACCGUGGAUAGUCGAUGAGAAAAAGGACGAUGGAUAUACUGCCCUUCACUUGGCCGCCCUAAACAAUCAUGUAGAAGUCGCUGAGCAACUUGUAUUACACGGAAAAGCAAACAUGGACUUGCAGAACGUCAACUUGCAGACCGCACUUCAUUUAGCUGUUGAAAGGCAACAUACCCAGAUUGUCAGGUUACUAGUUAGGGAAGGUGCUAACUUAAAUAUUGCCGAUAAAGACGGAGACACUCCACUGCACGAGGCUUUGAGACACCAUACCUUGUCUCAACUUCGUCAACUACAGGACGUACAAGAUGUUGGAAAACUCUUAAUGGGUCUAGGCACGCAAGGUUCUGACAAGAAAUCAUCGGCCAGCAUUGCUUGCUUCUUGGCUGGUAAUGGUGCGGACUUGACCAUCAAGAACAAGAAAAGCCAAACUCCACUAGACUUGUGCCCUGAUCCUAACCUGUGCAAGACUCUCGCGAAAUGUCACAAGGAACGGCAAAGUGGUGAAAUGGACCCUGGACCUCAUCACAAUUUGGCACCAGGAAGUGGGCAACCCAUCAACACUGUCGCCAUUCCAUCUACGUCUACAGCGGCCCAAAUGGUUGCAGCUGCAUUACCGAUGAGUAGCACACCUUCAUCAUCCAGCCAGAGCCCUUUCGACGAGUGCCUCGUAUGUUCGGACACUAAGCGAGGUGUGAUGUUCCAGCCUUGCGGACAUGUUGCUUGCUGCACCAGUUGUGCUCCUAGGGUCAAGAAGUGCCUUGUAUGCAGAGAAAGCGUUAGUGGCAGAGUCAAGAUCGAAGAAUGCCUGGUGUGUUCCGACAAGAAAGCAUGCGUCCUGUUCAAACCGUGCAUGCACAUGUGCGCAUGCGCUGCGUGUGCGCGACUGAUGAAGAAAUGCGUCACGUGUCGCGCGCACAUCGAGCGUGUGGUGUCGAUGGCCAGUGGCGGCGCUGAAGAGGAUUCGGGGACAUUAGAAGUAGUUGAAAAGGACGAUAGGGAAACGGCAGUCACAGUGGUUGCAAUUGCAACUGCGCAGGAAGAACUCCAACAGAGGGAGACAACUGGAGUGGCUCAAGUACAGCUAAUGAACAACGGAGGAUGGGAUGUUAGCGCGAAUGAUGUACAGAAGUUGCAGCAGCAGUUGCAGGAUAUCAAGGAACAGACCAUGUGUCCAGUCUGUUUGGACCGCCUGAAAAACAUGAUUUUCCUGUGUGGUCAUGGACUCUGUCAGAUGUGUGGUGAUCAAAUGACUGAAUGUCCUAUUUGUAGAAAGGCUGUCGAGAAGAGGAUCCUUUUGUAUUGAAAUGAUGGCAAUCCCAUUACAUAAUGCAGAAAAUAUUUUACCAAUGAUAACCUCUGAUCGGUUAAGUAAUUGCCCGACAGAAAUCAGUAAGACAGUAGAAUACUUUCCAAAUUGUUUCUAACGUAAAACGUUGUGUUUUCCUGGUCAUUAGUGGCUGUUUUAUAUUUUCGGAGUUAGAAAUUAUGACAGGCCACAGUGCUUUUGAAAAAACUGCAAUGAUUUACAUUGAUUUAUGGAGAUUUAAUUAUAAGGUUCAACAUCCUUUCCAAUGCAUCAAAAUGAUCACUCCCGUGAGUCCUCAUUGAUAUUUAGGUUAGUAGGAUGAUUAUACUUAUAUAAGUAAUAGGUAUAUUUAUAUUUAUGCAAAACGUAGUAUUCUUCGGAUUCCAAAUUGACCAUAUAGCCAAUUUCGAAAUGUCAAUAAAAACUAGAUAUUGAGUGCAUUCAUCAGCAAAUUGCAGUACUGAGGGCUUUUAUGUUAGAAUCUAUUGGUUUCGAUUCAAAAUUAGUGUCACAUUUGACGCCAAUUUAGAUAUCAAAUGGAUUCUGACGUAGAGUGCUUUGUCGUGGAUGAUAGGAUUCACAACAUUUUCAUUGGUCUGUUUAUAUUAAUGCUUUUAUUCCAUCUUUUAUCCACCCAUUAGCUAAAAAGUUUUGACUAUAAGUAAUAAACAAUAUGCUUUGUAAACCUUAAAUCGGUGUAGUAUGUAAGUAUGAAAUUUGAUCAACAAACUGUGAAAUGGAGUAAUCAGGUAACUCGUACAAAUAAUAUUAAAUGGAAAAAAAAUGGCAAAACUGUUCUCGACUCAGCUGGCAUUUUAAUGAAACAACACCCAGUGUCACUGAGACAGUACGACAUUUAUGAUAACACCGUGGACGUUCCAUUUACUUUUGUAUGCAUACUGUUCUGAGGAUAGCGAUAGCUUUUCCACAAAUACAUUAGUAUUUACUUAAGGUGGCACGUCCGCUUUUAUAGAUUUUUUUCAACUACCUGUUUGCAGCACUAUUCUAAACCCUUUUCAUCUGAUAAUUUCAUAAUGUGUAUAGAGAUGACUAAAAUAUGAUGUUUUAAUUUUUUUGUUUGUCAAAAAAUGCAUUUUUUGUGCAAACUUUAAUCAGAACUUGUUAACAAAUAUAAGCACAGCUCUGAAAUUGUGUGUGAAUAUUCCUCUUUUAUGAAAGAAUGAAACAAGUGAAUUACUUUUUUUCUUAUCACGUUUCUUUUUCGAAAAAUGUUUGAUUUUCUUGAAGCCUCGUCCCGCAGCAAGUUGAGUUUUCAAAAAAAGCAAAGAUUUUUCGAAGAGAAAAAGUGAUAAUGAUAAAAGAAAUUACUUGUUUCAUUCAUCCAUAAAAGUGUAAUAUACACAUACAAUUUCAGAGCUGUACUAAUAUUUGUUAACAAGUUACGAUCGAAGAAAAAAUCAACAAUAAAAUGCACAAAAUAUGCAUUCCAUGACAAAACAAAAUUAAAAACAAUUUUUUUUUCGUCAUAUCUUUACACAUCAGGAAGUAAUCAGAUGAAAAGGAUUUAGAAUACUAUUGCAAACAGGUAGUUGGAAAAAAGCGAAAAAAAGGGACGUGCGGCCUUAAGGAAAUUUAGGUGUUUGGAUCAAUGCGAGGGGGAGGUGGCAGCUGCAUGCCUUAGGGCCGUAUCGUCAGUCGUCCCUACAAUUGUAGGGCGCCUUUAUGGCCUCCUUGAUUGUCAUAGUUUUCUACUUCUCCGUGUCAGCGCUCUAUUUUGAGGUUAUGUCACAAACAUCUAUUUGCAUCAAAUUGUGCUUGCUUUUGAGUUAUAUCAUGUUUUAUCAGCCUGAAAUUUCCUACAAUUUAAAAAGAAAACAUAUCUUCACAAUAGGAGACCGCUGACGCUGACACGGGACAAGUGUAAUCUAGAAAUUUUUGAAGGAGAGAAAGGAGUAUGACAAUCAAGCAGGCCAUAAACGCGCCCUACAAUUGUAGGGACGACUGACGAUACGGGCCUAAAGCACUUGACCAGUGCUUCUGAGAGUAAAUGCCGUUGUAACAAUUGAAAAGCAGAGGUGAUAUACAUAUAAGGUAGGGGGACGCGCGUCUCACGAUUCAUGUCUAACAAUGUAGUUUUUAUACUAAAAUACAGCAAUAUAUACCAUUUUCUUAAAAAAAAAAUGGCAGACUUGCGGGUCUAGAGGGCGCCUCCCUCGCUCCCCUCUAAAUCCGCCAAUUGACCUCUAACCUAACCUCCUAAUGCUUACUGGGGAAGAUUUCUGACAGUGCAUUAGAAAACUCUGUUGAUUUCUAAUAAGUUCAUGAUUUAUCUAGUUUUAAAAUGUGUAUAUUUCUUUAAAUAAUGUAAGACUAUCAGGUUGUUAAAUUGAAUAUACGUUUCUUACUUUA